CAUAAGAUGUGAUCACGUUUAAAGUGCUCUUUGUAACUGUGUGUGUGUGUCGUUUGUUGACAUGAACACAAGUUCAGGUCUGCAGGAAACACAAUCACACCCAGUGAGUGAUGUGUAGUUGUACGUAUCCGAGCAGGUGCGUGUAGAUACGUGGCGUGCAGCGUUGUAACCAGACAACGAACGCACGCCGGAGGUCGCGGGUUCUACUCCCGCUGCAGCUCGCCGGUAACGCUCGGCGGUGCAUUAAAGUUCCCCGCGCAUCAACGCGCUGCUCGCCGCUGUUCCAGCAGGCGGCGCGUCCCCUGCGGAUCUGAUGCAACGGGGCUGCAACUGAAGUUACACCUCGGAACUGCAACACCGUGUCCCUCCGCCGCCCGCGCUCACACGAACUAGUCCGGGUUCACACCGAGAUGCUCCUACGCUCUUUUAAAAACUGUGUUUUACCGUUUUUUUCCCAUUAAAUUGUUUUGCUGGUUUCGCUGUGUUGCGUGAAACGCUGCCGGGCAACGUUGCGGCUGCGCGUGAUGUUUUAAGCACUUUCUCCGCCUCGCGACGUCAUUUUGACACUUGAAAGCGCACGUGGCAUCAACGUGUGUUUGAAUGCGUGUGUCGUGAAUCGUCUCGGUUUAUACUUACUUUAAAAUACUACAAACGUGAGAACAACAAGCCGCCCUCCGGGGAGCGAGGGGAAAGUCCCGGCUUCAUGACGUCACGGCCCGGCUGAACUCGGUAAAGAGAAGAAGAAGAAGAAGAAGAAGAAGAAGAAGAAGCGAAAAAGCCCCGCGGAGUGAUCCCGCGCGCCCGUGAUCAGGUCCCGCGCUGUGCGAGUUCCAAAAGUAGCGGAUUUAAAAACUUUCUGUCCGCAAGUCUGCCGGUGGAAAUAGCGCCAUCGCGAAGAGAAGGGCCGGAGAGAUGGCGUUUUAAAACCCGCAACCGAGCGCCUCUUUCCCGGGAAGCUCCGCAGCUUUGCUCCGCCGCGACGCGCUAGGAGACCACUCAGAAACUAUGGGGUCUUCAGGUCUUCUCACAAUUCUUUCACUUAGCGAAUGCACCGUUUGUGCUUUUGAACAAUUUAAUCGGAGAAGACGACACAAUGGCGGCAUCGAUCCUUCGCAGGAAAAUUCCUCCCAUUUCCACGGCCGAGCUCGGCGCGGCCCCUCUCCGACGAGCUAGCCGCAGCCAAUCACGGCCGGGGACGGGGGCGGAGCCAGCGGGGAGGCAGCGCUUAAUUGGUGAUGGUCACUCAGAUUGGAUGACGGAAAAAGUUGAUUUGUCCUCAUUUGUGUCGACGACCGAGUCCUCCCCCUGCUCAUCGCUUCCCCCCUCGCCGCUGGAACAGGAUGUCAAGGUGCCCUCGGAUCUGGAGGUCAUGACCUCUCUGCUGCAGGAGGAGCUGGCUCAGCUGGAGGACUACUUCCGCUCCGAAUCCGCCUCGGCCACCAACAAGUUGGAGAAACCCUCCAAAUGUGACAAGGGCGCCGUAACCAUGGGAACCCAGUCGUACUACCAGUUGCCCUACGGCUCCUAUGGGGCCGGCCAAUCAGAGGCCGGCCCCGUGGUCGUCAGCUUGGCGACCGGCGAGCUGGACCUGGCCGGCUUCUGCGGCGGCCCCAUCGGCAGGACCAAAAUAGCGCGGCCGGCGCCGUACAACUACCACCACCGCUACCACCACCACCAUCACCAUGGCAACGUCAACAACAACAACAACAACGGCGGCGGUGGGCGGAGGAUGGCCAGCGAGGCGGCGAAGGUUGGCGAGGACGCCGGGCUGGACGCCUGGGGCCCGAGGGGGAGUUACUCAGGUACCGCAGAGCUGUCGGCCAACCACUACUCUACGCUGAAGCCCGUGAGCAAGGGCGCCCUCCUCGGCGGGGGGGCCAAGAAGGCGAGGGAGUGCGCCCUGUCGCUGAAGGAGGAGGAGAGCUACUGCUUCUCCGAGGGAAUGUUCUGCAGCGAGGAGAUCGCGCGGGGCUUCUGCCUCGGCGGCUCCUACGACCUCCACCACAAACGGGACGCCGCCGCCAAGGUCGGCGCCGACGACGACUACGAGGGCGCCGGGCCGGAGGUGCUGCACUGCGGCAAGGACGCGGGACUUCCCGGGGGGCUCCCCCAAGAGACAAUGGCCGGCGACGCCUACUUCCACCACCACCACCACCACCACCACCACCAGGCCGCGGAGCCUUACCACAGCUUUAUAGGAGACCUGGACCCGCCCCCACAAGCACAGGCCGUCGAGCCCCAGCACGGCCACUACCUCUACCCAGAAUGCCUUGCGGACCAAAGCUACGAAUGUCUGUCCAGAGGGGAGGGCGAGGGGACACUCAUGGGCGUCCCCAUCCACCGACCCACCCAGAGGCUAAAGGACGAGCCCAGCGCCGGGGGCAAGGCGCCGCUGCUGAUGGACGUCGGCGCGCCGCCCGAGGCCGCCACCGGCGAGAGGAAGCAGAAGAAGAGAGACCAGAACAAGACGGCGGCUCACAGUCCCUUGCGUUGCAGGUACCGUCUGCGGAAGAGGGCGGAGCUUGACUCUCUGGAGGAGGAGCUUCACGGCCUGGAGGGGCAGAACCGGGAGCUGCGCGACAAGGCGGAGUCGGUGGAGCGGGAGAUCCAGUACGUGAAGGACCUGCUGAUCGAGGUGUACAAGGCGCGCAGCCAGCGGCUCAAACAGGACGGCAGUGCCUAAAAAAACUCCCAGCAAGCACCGGGAGGGACUCAAAAUGGUAGUUUGCAUGAUUUUUGGUAGUUCUUUGUUUUCCUAAAAACACUCAAAUGUUCCAAGAGGAUGAAGCCGAAAAAAAACGUUAAAAAAAGCACACGUUUCCUAAAAAAAACACGCAGAAGGAGAAUUCCUGUGAGUGGAUUGAGAGACGCCUUCGUGGGCCGGCGACCACUGUGAAGACCGUUUACAGUGAUGAAGAUGCUUCUUCUGCUUCCUGUCAACGCUCAAUGCAGAUGUUUUGUUUUAUAUUUUUUACUUGAUGAUGUUCAUUUUUCAUUUUUCUUCCUCUUGAAAACAAUCGACUGAAUAAAAAGUGGAUUACGGGAGAAAAAUAAAGUAUUCAUCACCAGAGACAUUUACAAAAUGUGUAUUGCUUUAAAAAAAAUGUAUUUACACACUUCUUUACCCCCCCCACCUCCCUCCUGUACACACACACACACACACACACACGCUGAAUUACCCACAAUGCAUGUUUGAUUUGGGGGGAAAGCAUGUGCGAGUGUUAUUUGAAGGCAAUAUUUUGUUACCUGCAUGGCUUCAAGAUCUCCACCUGCAGCUUCGUUUGCUUCUUCUUGCCGUGAUUCCACGCUCAGGAACCCCCCCCCAGAGAAACUACAACAAAUCAGUUGGGUGGGGGGGGGCUUUUAUUUUCCUUCCUUUGUCUGCCCCCCCCCGGCUGUAUUUUGCGACGUAAACAAUCACCUGUUGACGCGACAAUAAAUCGUUGUUAAACAGAACGUCUUGAUGGGAAUUUUCUGAUUUCUUUUCCUUAUUUUAUUGAAUUUGAUGUAUUUGAAAUUCAGGAAUCAAUGUCAGGAAAUGAUGCAUCAGGUGAAAUGAGAGCCAAAUAAAACCAGUGUGAAGUAUCGA